AUGGCUGUGCAAAAGUUCAAACUCGUAUUCAUGGGCGACGCAAAUGUUGGCAAAUCAUCGCUGUUGUCACGUUUUGGAAACGAUGUUUUCAACGAAACAGCAGCUCCAACUGUCGGAGUCGAUUUUAUAACUCAUCGAUUGCAAAGUGAUGGAAAAACUAUUCGAUUACAAAUUUGGGAUAUCGCCGGUGAAGAACGAUUUCGAUCAUUGACAGAUACUUACGUACAAGGUAUUGAUGGCGCUGUCAUCGUUUUCGAUAUCACAAAUUCUAAUUCAUUCAAAAACGUUCGAUAUUGGUCUGAAAUGUUCAAUAACAAUCAAUCUGCGAACGUGGUGAAACUGUUGGUGGGUAAUAAAUGUGAUCUAUCCACAGAACGAGUGAUUGAACAUUCAGAAGCAAAAGAGUUAGCUGAUUCGUUAAAUAUACCUUACAUUGAAGCAUCAGCGAAGGAUACUUCUAAUGUGCACGAAAUAUUUCUUACCAUGGUGAAUAAUAUGGCAAAAACAACAGUUACAUCUCUGACAAUAGAACCUAUUGUUUCUCAUGAAGAAAAAAUAAAACUGGAAUGUGAUGUUUCAGCUGCAUCGGCGUGUGAAGAGUAUCGAAAGUGUAAAUUAGUGCUACUUGGAGAUUCAUGCGUUGGAAAAUCUGCUCUAUUAAAACGACUGACGCAAGAUACAUUUGAUGGUGAUUUUCAACCAACAGUUGGUAUCGAUUUCAUUACUCAUACAAUAACACAAAAUGAACAAUCGAUACGGUUUCAAAUUUGGGAUACAGCUGGUCAAGAGCGAUAUCGGAGUUUAUCGGGUAGUUACUGUCAACAUGCCGAUGGUUUUAUCAUUAUUUUCGAUGUUACCAAUGAAGAAUCAUUCAACAAUCUAACUAAAUGGUUGAGCGAUGCUUAUGCCAAUAAUACAAAUAACGUCAAAACUAUAUUUGUGGGAAAUAAAUGUGAUCUAACAGCUGAACGAGUAGUUCAUUACGAUCAAGCUAAAGCUUUAGCUGAUUCAAGGAAUGUAACUUAUCUGGAGACAUCGCCUAAGAAUGGCACCAACGUCGAACAAGUUUUCAUGUAUUUCUUUAAUGGCCUGAUAUCGAAGGAAUCAUCGAGGAAAACAAGUAGUCCAACUAUUCGACUUGAGCCGAAAGGCAAAUCAAAAGGAACUACGAGUGGAUUUUGUUGA